CUACCUUCGCCCGUCAGUUGCUUGACGGUAAUCCGGCCUUGCGUGUCCUUAUGAUCGACAGCGGGGCCCAGCUGUCCAAAAUACCAGGGGAGCAUCUCAAGAAUUUUUACCUGUAUCAGCGGGACGUGAACCUCUUCACCCAUGUGAUUGAGGGGCACCUGGAGCCUGUGUCUGUUCCCACCGACCAGUCAACCGUGCCGACUCUGGACCCCGGCGCCGCUAACUACCAACAAACCAUCCAAAAUGCCCAGAACCCUGAGCAGAAGGCCGAUGAGAACCUGCCGGACAUCGCGGUGUGCUACGCCGUGGGCGGGAUGUCCACCCACUGGACCUGCUGCACACCGACACAACACCCCACUGUGGAGCGCUGGGAUGGAAUAUCCGGCACGGAGUGGGACAAGCUGUACAAGCGUGCCAAGUAUCUGUACAAGACCGACUGUGCUAAGGGCCUUUUCACUGGGUCUCUGCGCUACAAAGCAGUGAAGAAAGCCCUUGAAAAGGAGUACGGUGAUGGAGUCGAGGUGACGAAUCUUCCACUGGCCUGCACAGCACGCACGGACAAGGAGGGAUUCGUAACCUGGACCUCGUCCAGCACCAUCCUUGGGCCGCUUUUGGACAUGGAGAAGGAAACGUUUGAGAUACUGGAACAGCACCAGUGCAUGGAGUUAGUCAAAGACGGCAGCAUCGUGCAGCAUGCUCUGGUCAGGGAUCUGGCGAACUUGGACAAGGAGUUGAAGUUCCAGGCAAAGCUGCUGUGGAGGUCUAACAUCCGCCCUAAGGCCUUAGGCCAUUACCUGUGUGAGCAGCCCAUGGCCUUCUGCCAGAUCGUGCUGCUGCAGGACAUCAUCGACGACAUCGCCAAGUCUAGGGCUGGUCGGCGGGACCCGCGUGACCCAAUCCCAAUCCCCAUUGAUGAUCCCGAUCCUCAGGUCUACAUCCCCGUGUCUGAAGACCGACCUUGGCACUGCCAGAUCCACAGGGACGCCUUCUCGUACUGCGGCAUCAGGCCUAACGUGGACACCCGUCUUAUCGUGGACCUGCGCUGGUUCGGCAAGAUGGACGAGCCUCAUCCUGAAAACAAAAUGACCUUCAGUGACAAGAUCAACGAUACCCAUGACAUGCCACAGGUCACCUUUCACUACAAGAUCCGCACCCAGAACGCGAUGAUGGAGGACAUGCUGCGGGCUGCCGGGGCCUUGGGCGGGUUUCUCCCGAUCACACCGCCGCAGUUCAUGCCGAUGGGUCUCUCCCUGCAUCUGACGGGCGCAUACCGUAUGGGUAUAGACCCGGGCACCUCUGUGGUGAAUGAAUACAGCAGGGUGUGGGACUUUGACAACCUGUAUCUCGGCGGAAAUGGCGUCAUCCCUACUGCAACAGCAUGUAACACCACCCUCACCAGCUCCGCACUGGCCAUCCGUGCAGCUGACUAUAUCGUCGAGAAGUGGGGCAAAACAGAUCAGACCGAGACUGUGAAGGGACGUGCCCGUAAAGGCCCCCAUGAGAAGUAAAAGUAAACUAAAUGAAGCAAAUGUCUGCUGUUGAAUUGAAGUCAAUUAUCGACAUUUCCCUACUUAAACAUGAAAGGAUUUUGUAUCUUGAAUCAUAACGACAUCAGAACAAAAACAUAUUUGAAAAUUAAUGGCAGCGUAAAUGUGAACGAACUAUAGACAUA